AUGAUGUUCUCGAUUCUAACACGAGAGCAUGAAGCUAGUGCUGCUGCCCCGUCUCCGCCCGUGGAUGCUCACGCGAACCUGAUGGCAGCCAUCAGGCAAGCGGGCGGCGUCGGUCGGGCGAAGCUGCGGCACGCUGACGACAUGACGACAGACAAGGCGAGUAAACCAGUAAGUGGUGAUCUAAUGGCUGAUCUCCACGCCAAGCUAUCGAUGCGUCGUCGUGGUAUAUCAGGUGCCGAGGGUACAGUGCUUCAUACAUUGGCCAGAAUCAUACCGGAGCCGGGGGAAACUACUGAGAGAUCUUCGAGCGACGACGAAUGGGAUUAA